GUUCAAUGGGCACUUAUAUCGCACUUAUAUCACACUGUCAUCAAAACAGUGGGGCCAUUAUUUCUCUUUUUCGUGAAGCAUUAUCCAAUAUCCAAUUGUAAUUGCUUCACCAUUUUUACGUGAUUUUUUUUUCACCACUAUGCUGUCGUAAUCUCGAGAGAAAGGAGAUUUGUUACGCAAAAUAAAUCUGUAUAUUACUCUACAGUUUUGUUCAGCACACUGCACGCGUUAUUCCAUCACUUCAUUCCCCGUGACCCAGUCGAGCCGCUUAACCGGCUGUACAAGCUCGACGUCGCUCACCACCGACAUUCCAUUCUUCGUUCUCCAUAUCGAGAGGUGUCGGUGUCGCCGCCGCAUUCCGUCCCAUCCUAUUCUAUAGGAAGGCCGAUCAUGUCGAUUAUAGGGAAGGCAAAAAUAUUGCGCGGCAGAUAGGGAUAGAAGGGAACCAACGGUACCUCUAGAGAGGAACUGAACAUUUUUCUAGCUCCCCUCCAACCCUCCCGACAAGUCGGCAAGCACGCCCAUCCCUGUGUAGUGGGGGUGUGCGCACCUCGCAGAGGUUGGUAGGGGUAGACAGAGGUUGCGGCGAUGGUGGUGGUGGUGGUGGUGGUGGUAGUCUCCGUGGCGAAGUCUGACCGUUACGGCACCAGUACUACUGUCGCCACUAUCACGAGUGCAGGCCAUCACGGGACUCAAUCAUGGACAUACUAGCCUUUUUCAUCCAUAAAGAUUAUGUAACGACGGUACUUCCGUUCUUCUCCCUGAAGCAGAAACUUUUCGAUGCUGCUUUCGUGUUCCUCGGUUUGUCUCAUCCAGGCGAUAAAACCUUGCCAGGAAAAGUAGCAAGUCCGCUGUGAAUUUAUAUUUUGGAAGUCUCGAAGGGGUCGUUUAGAGAUGGCGUAGAUCUAUUAUUGUACAUGAGCGGUAGGCGGCGAAGGAGGUGACGAGGAUGAUAAGGAGAAGGAAGAGGAGGCUGAGAGAGAGAGGCAGGAGGCCAUUAGGGAGGCUGAGGAGCGAAGAAAGGAGAAACAUCGCAAAAUGGAGGAAGAACGAGAGAAGAUGCGGCAGGAGAUCAGAGAUAAGUAUAAUAUAAAGAAAAGGGAGGAGAUACAAGAGAUGCCACAAGAAGAGCCUAAUCCUCUGAUGCGAAAGAAGAAAACACCAGAGGAACUGGCAGCCGAGGCUGAAGCCGAAGACGAAGAUGAGUUCACCAAAUUGAGAAAUACGAUAGAAACACAGGUGAACGAAAUCAAGUCGCAAAUCGAAAGUAAAUGCAGCCUCCAAUGAGCCUAUUGCAUCGAGCGGUUCGCGAGAAAGAUGACGGCGACAUCGUACGUCGUCGUUGGAAUCGCGUCCGCCCUGCUGCCCAAAGGAGCAAAGGAGGAAGGGGUAGCGGAAGAGAUAACGAAGCAACGAGAAAGAGGAAAACUGAUACGAAAAGCCACCAACAUUGGAACGCCAUUGUCGUGUCGAUCAAUCGUAGAUCGAUUCCAACAGCCGAUUGGUCGAUCGUUGCUUAAAGCAAAGUGAAACGACAAAAAUAAGCCAGAAGAUCCCAAGGAUUUUCAAAGAAUUCCUAAAGGAUUUUUCAUUGCCGUCACAUUUGGAUGCAACUUUGGAAUGCAACUUUGAGUGCAACUUUGAAAAUCGAAAGUUUUCCUGUCGAGAAUUUUUGUUCUGCAUAAAAUUUAAAAUUAGAUAUAAAGUCGAGAAAGAAGAAUUAUCUUCUACAAAAAAAAAAAUGUUAAAUGGAUUAAAAAGAAUGAUACGAUAGAAUGAUACGAAAUAUCGAAAAUUGUACAUAUGUACAAACUAAAGAAAGAUGAAAUUUGAUAACUAUAAUUGAUCUUGAAAAUUGGAAUUAAAAGAAUGAUUUAAUUAUAAAAAAGAAUAUCAAGAAAUCUUAAAAUCUAACUGAAUGUAUAUUGGUGAUUAGAAUUUAAAAAUCAUUCACAACGCAACACUAGAUCUUAAACAGAAGCAUUAAUAAUAAAUAAAAGAAGAGAAUAUUGUGACAUUUAAACAAUAAAUAGAACGAAAUCAAAAUGCAAAAUAAAUCGAUAGAAACAAAAAAUGAUGGAAAUGAGAUGGAAAAUGCUUGUUGAAGUAGUGCCAAGAACAAUUUUCUCAAUUCCUACAACAAGCAGAUAUAAACUUUGUUUAGAAUAAAUAAUGGAAAAAAUUCUCGACAGACAUGAUAUUUCUUAGCGCAAAACGAAGAGAUCCAGACAUUGACGACAUUGAAGAAAUAUAAAGUUGAAGAUCGCUAAGUCAACAGGAUCAUCUUAAUCAUCUUGAAAAAAAGUAUGAAACUAAAAAAUAGACAUAAAUCAGUAUGUUCUUUGACAGAACGAGCAGAAGAAGAUCGCGUAAUUAAAUAUUGCGGAGGAAAAAAUUAAUAUAAAUUCGAAAACUUAAAUGUCAUUUGAUUUGGAAAUAACGAUAUGACAAGACGAAAAAAUACUUGUAAAAAAAUAAGAAUGAUUGAAAUAUUGUCGAUCGUCGAUGGUGUUCGUGAUGAAAAAAUUCAGGAGACAAAAACGAUGUAAAUGACGAUGCAGAGAAAGAAGGAAAGAGAGAGAAUGCUGACUCGACCAGAGUGUGAUUUUUUUAUGUAAUUGUUGCAAUUAAAACCAAGUGUGAAGUGAUGUUGUUUUAUAUAGGAUAAUUAGGUGUUCUGUAGAAUGUGUUUAGACGUAGUAUAGUUUAUAACAAAUCAAUUAUCUGGUAUGACGAAUGAAGUGUCCAAUUGUGGAUACUCAAUUAUUUUCUAUUUAUAUAGUUUGUCUAGGUAUUCUAUAGUUAUAUGGAGAAUUUUUGGCGCAAUUUGGUGAUUUAAAAAUUAACUAUUUAUUAUUACGGAAA